CAUAUAACAGUGGCCGGACAUGGCGGAGGCCAAGUGUUGUCCUUCUUCAGCCACCUUGCAGCUGGCGUCCUUCUUCAUCUCCUUUGCGCUCCUCGUCCUGAUCAUCCCGUGUCCUCCUCCCAUGGCGUCCGCCACCCAGGAGAUGAAGUCCAUCUACGCCGGGCGGAGGGUCCUGCCGGUGCGUCUGGGCCGUCCGGCGUUCGGCCCGGAGAGCCUCGCCUUCGACCACCGGGGCCGCGGCCCAUACACCGGCGUCUCCAACGGCCGCGUCCUCCGCUGGAGGGGCCGGCCCAGCGGCUGGACCGAGUUCGCCCACAACCACAAGCACGCGACGGUGGAGGAGUGCGCGGCGAAGAAGAAGGCGGUGGAGCCGGAGAGCGCGUGCGGGAGGCCGCUGGGCCUGCAGUUCCACCGGAAGACGGGCGACAUGUACAUCGCCGACGCGUACCUGGGCCUGAUGAGGGUGGGCCGGCGCGGCGGGCUGGCGGAGGUGGUGGCUACGGAGGCCGCCGGCGGGCCCUUCAACUUCCUCAACGGGGUCGACGUCGACCAGGACACCGGCCACGUCUACUUCACGGACAGCAGCACCGUCUACCAACGCAGCGACUACAUGCUGGUGGUGCUGACGGGGGACGCGACGGGGCGGCUGAUGCGGUACGAGCCGCGGACGGGGAACGUGACGGUGCUCAGGUCCCGGCUGGCCUUCCCCAACGGCGUGGCGGUGAGCGCCGACGGGACACACCUCGUCGUGGCGGAGACGUCGUCUUGCAGGCUGCUCCGGCACUGGCUGCGGGGGCCUCGGGCAGGGGAGACGGAGGUGAUGGCCGAGCUGCCGGGUUACCCGGACAACGUGCGGCCCGACGGAAGGGGCGGGUACUGGGUGGGCGUGAACAGGGACAAGGAGUGGGCCGUCAACGGGACCACGGCGAGCUCCGUGAGCGCCGUCAGGGUCGUCGUCGUGGGCGACGGCGACGACGGGAGGAAUGGAACGGUGGCUGAGGCGCUGCGCGGGUUCGGAGAGGAGGACACGGUGAGCGAGGUGGUGGAGCGGAACGGGUCGCUGUGGAUCGGCUCCGUCGACACGCCCUACGUCGGCUUGUUCAAGUUCCCCUCUCUCUAGCGCAUGCAUGCCGCCUGUGUGUGCGUACACGCCCAUGCUUGACUGCUGGCGGACUCAUGCUGUGUAUGAGAGACUCGUGCGUGCGUCUGUGCGCGUGUGGACUCAAACUGUGUGUACACUCCGUGCUUGCGUGUGACGCUGGAUUGCAAGCCAUCUGCGUCGGUGUUACUACAUACGUGCUCUCUCCGAUUAUCUACUCUUAAAAGACGUAGAUAUUUCGAUAACAAUUUAGGAUCAGGGAGCACAUGUUUUAGCUUUUUUUUGUUAAGGUACAUGUUUUAACGUUAUAGUGAAUUAGUGAGGAUCAGAAGUAAUUAAAUAUUUGCUGUUGUUCGUCAAGGAA